AUGAUGUCCGUUCAAUGGGACAAACAUGAGACAGAACUGCUGUCGCACCUAUUCCGCUACUUCUCUGGAGAAGCUUUCGUGGACGUGACGCUGUGGUGUUCUGGAUGUCACUUCAAGGCGCAUCGCGUCAUGCUGUCCGCUUGCAGUGCCUACCUUGAGGUGAGCCGUCGUCCUGCUCUUGAAAAGACUCCAACACUUGUAUUGUCGCAGCCUCGCGUGCUGCUGGAGCACCACAGCUGUGGCGGGGAGCCGGUGGCGGUGAUGCUGCACGGCAUCGAGCCGGAGAACAUGUGCCGGCUGCUGGAGCUCAUGUACCGCGGCCGGACGCAAGUCUCGGCAUCGGAGCUGCCGCGCCUGCUGGAGACGGCGGCGGCGCUUGGUGUGCGCCUGCUGGAGUCCAGCACGCUGCGAGUGUGCGCCGCCGGCGCUGAUCCGUUGGCGGCAGACGCCAGCACCGCGCCUCCUAACGGCAAUGUUGCGCAGUCUGCGCCUCAGUGCGAUGACCAGCUCACGGAAACGAAGAAUCCCCCAGAGAAAGAUGUCGGUACUUCUGAGUUUGUGAUGAUGGGUAGCGCACCGCCGUGCACCAUUGUCUCAUCCUCCGGCCAGUCACAUGAAUCGCCCAACGACGCUCACCAGGCCGACGACCCAGCAACUGACUGCCACGGUUCCAGUGCCAUGCUGCCUCCAGUGCUACCGCAGUUGCCACGUUCACCACGACCCCUGCCCCCGCCAUUGUCUCUGCCUGCAAACUCACUGCCACCGACUGCCGACGACCCACAGCUGUCGCCCUCGGUAUCCACAACAGACCCUCCACAAAAACCCUGCAGUAUGGACCAGUCUCUGGUUUCUCCGCAAACGUAUUCCUCCCACCAGAGUCGCAAUCCCAUACUUUCUCCAGCUCCACAAAUACUGCCACUGCCACCACCAUCGUCUCUACCUUCUUCCCCACUGCCAAUAUUUGCCGAAAAUCCACAGCUGCCGUCCCCAGUAUUUGCAGCAGUCGCUCCAAAGCACCCAUAUACAGUUGAUAGGUCCAUCGUUUCUUCACAGAAGCAUCUCCCAGGUGCACAGUUCCAUCAACUUCAAGAGCAGCUAGACGCACAUCCUAGAGACAUAGGCCCAGCUCCGCAGGGACCAAGCGAGCCGAACCCAGCCUGCAACUCGAGUUACUCCACACCAGCUGACGCCCACGAACCAACUGCACAAAUAUCCAUGGCACAGACGACUCCAACAUCACCAGCUCAAUCGCCUCUCAAACUGAGAAGUUUCAUGGAUCAUGGGUGCAGCUGA